AUGGAUCGAAGCAACACCCCAGACCGAAAAAUCACCGAUAUGAAGGAGAAACGCCGCUUAGAAAUUGAUCCCAUUCGUGUUGCCCCCCCAAGACUUGAUCCAUACCGAAGACGUCUGGCCCGAUUCUACGAGCCAUUAUUUCUCUUGAGGGCACUUGGACAAACGCGAGGCGAGCAUACACCCCAGCCCACGAGCUUCGAUGCUCCUAUGGAAAUCAGGAGAAGAUUCUUACAGAACCUUGCUUAUGUGUGUGAUUUCAAGAAAGGAGGGGAGACUUGCACCGCAAUAGGCUUGGAAAGUCGCCAAACACGCUACCUGUUUUGGGUUGCUUCAAACGCGAUGGUCGAAAAGAUAGUUUCUUUUCUCAACGAAGCUCUCGACGUCUUGAUGGGCACGAACAGCCAGCCUGACUUGGAUCUGGCAGCCACGGAGUCUGCAUUCAUUCAGCUUUGCGCAGACUUUGCAAUUUUUCGUAUCGACCUGGAGCGCAAGAAUUUCCAAAGAGAGGCAAUGAACUGCAUUUCAAGACUCACAGAAAAAUCACCAAAACCUGCCCAGGAACUGGUCAAAUGGCUGCACAUAGCCGUUAAUCACAGUCACAACAUCGAGCUUUGCAACUUCGCGUAUGAGAACCGCAAUUCGAUCUAUAUCGACCAGCUUGCAGCAAUGGCAUUACAAGAAGAGAACAAACUAGACCCUGCAGGCAGACGGUCAUGUUUUUCCUCAGCCCGACAUGACAUUUUAGCGCUUGCCCGUCACAUACGAGCACCAAAAGAGCUCGUCGAAGACUCCUCUCAUUUGGGACACAUAUUGCAAACAUAUGAUGUUUUUGGCAUUGAUCCAUUUCCAAGUGUACCAGGACCAGUGCGCGAUUUACAUACAAACCUCCGCGGAAUCCUGAAACGUAUGUAUAGAACGCCAGGAGAGGAAAAGGAAACUGUCGAGCAAGGUCUCCUCUACUUGAAUAAAAUUUCAGGUUCUCUAAUCUUCGAGCAUUUUAUGAAACAAUACGAACAACCUGGUCCUCAAGUUCAUGCAGAAGUUCAAGUAUUAGAGCAUUUUUACCAGAAAAAUCUCACCUUUGCUGACGGCGAUCAAUUUAUUGCAUGCAGCAAGCCCGCUUGUCUUUGCUGUGAGCUAUACUUCAAGCAUCAUCCAGCGCGCAUGGUGCUGCCUUCAUCACAUCGGAAAGUCUGGACAAGAUGGAGUCCUCCAGCCCUGAAGGCGUUUAUCAAGAAUGACAUGGCAACUCGAGAGCAAAUCCAGAUUAUGAGCAAGAUUACGCAAGAGCUCCGUGAUCAGAUCAUUGACCAAGUAUUGCGGCGCUCGCAAGCAAGCCGCUGGCAUCCAGACUCUAUGACUUGCAUCACGGAGAUGCCCUCUGUAAGUAGCUUCAAUUCGCUUGACGAGCAAGACAUUUGCGAAAAUGCAUACAGCGAAUCUGUUGCAGAUCCUUUGGAAAGUCCAGAGACCGGAGAGCGAGGUGGGCUAGACCAGGAAAUUGAUUCGGAGGAUGGCGGCGUGUCCAUUCAUGUUUAA